AUGACUAGUGAAGGAUUAAGUACCACAACCACUAUCCUUAAUGGUGCCAGUAGCACCGCUGCUGCUGUUUCCGCUAUUACACAGGAGCAAUUAAAGAAUAAAGAUUUAGCGCAUGCGCUUACCGAUUUCCCGUAUUAUACACCGCUUGAUGCCUCUGUAUCCAAUAGCCUACGACCGAUCGGUGAUUCUUCUGAUGGUGCAUUCAAAAAAAUUAAAGCAGAAAGCAGUAGUUGCAGUGCAACAUCUGUGUUUGCAAGCGCUCUUUCUGGUAGCACACAAAUACCUGCCAGCGUACGAAGACGACAUCGCACGACAUUUACGCAAGAACAGCUAGCAGAGCUCGACGCCGCAUUUCAAAAAUCCCACUAUCCGGAUAUUUAUGUCCGUGAAGAGCUUGCUAGGAUUACAAAGUUAAAUGAAGCACGAAUUCAGGUUUGGUUUCAAAAUAGGCGUGCAAAACAUCGUAAACAGGAAAAGCAACUUUCAAAAGCUUUGGUACCACAAACAGUAUUUCCAUCACAAAGUGCCGCAGGUCAAAUCAUGCGGACACCAAUGUAUCCAUCAACUGCCUCUAUGUCUGCUCGAGCUGCUGCUGAUCCGUUCUGGUAUCAACCAUAUCCUGUAGCUCAUCCAAUGACCUAUCCCGCAGCUUCUGCUUAUGGAGCUGUAUCAGGUGCUCAUACUUUUGGUGCACCAAUGACUACGUCAACAAUUAAUACAUUUAGUACCGAUCCAGCUGAAGAUUUUUAUCAAAAAAGUUUGGCACUACGGGUGAGCUGUCAACCACCAACGACAAAUAUUCAAUAUCAAAGCUGA